AUGGUUCCUAUUGGAAACACCUUAUCAACAAACACACGACCUAAUAGACUUUUAAUACAUGCCUCCAGUCGCUUAGGUAGCAUUUGUUUUGAGGUACUGAGACCAAGACUGGGAGACUGGGACUUAGUAUUAUAUUUGGUAGCUAGAGAUUGGACAGAUGAGAAAUGCGGGAAGCUUGUUCCUAAUAAUGCAACAUCCAAGAGUGAAAAUUUUACAAUGUGGAAUUGCUUUGACAUGGGAUAUGAAAGUCUAGCAUGCAGUGUGAAGGAAAGUACGAAGCUGUAUUUUCACAGCUUAAGAGCUGCACAUAUUGAGAAAGCAAAGACGAAGCAAAUAAAAUUUGCACUAACCGAUACAAAGUCACAGGGCAUGGCACAGUCAUUAGCAGAGAAGCAUGCUGAAAAAGAAGGCGCAAAGGCAGCGAAGUUGGCUUUGCAGAAGGCUCAGUGCGUAAUAGGUCCCAUGAUAUCUGUUGGAUGGGACUUCUAUGAGGUAGUGUAUUAUGGUGGGAGUGAUGCAGAGGGUUUUAUUAGGUUUAGUGGCUCUUUGUUUGGUUCAUAUGUUGGUGGCUUCUUUGGGGAACAAAGGCUUGGCAGACUUGGUUUUCUAAUGGGAAGCCAAAUGGGGAGUUGGUUUGGUGGUAGAAUUGGCCUAAUACUCUAUGAUACUGUUAAUGCAACCCAUUUCUUGAUUAAUCUUAGGAACUAA